CCAUGGUGAGGCAGCAACUCUCGGUAUUCUAGAACUUUGCAUCAGCCAGACGGAAACAAUGGCUGGUCGGAAGAAAGAUGGCAUUGAUGAUUUAGCUACAUUGUCUGAACUGAAUGAGGAGAUAAUUAUCCGUGAACUGCAAGCUAGAUACAAUCAAGAUGUCAUCUAUACUUACGUCGGCGACAUUCUUAUCGCACUCAACCCAUUCAAGCCUCUGGAAAUUUACCACAAAAGUACUGCAGAAACAUACAAGAUGGCACAGAAAUCAGCCCAGCCCCCUCAUAUCUUUGCAAUUGCCAACUCCGCCUAUCAAGCAAUUCUGGGUGUGGGAGGAGCAAGUCCUACAGGCCAGUGCUGUGUAAUAAGUGGAGAAAGUGGAGCAGGGAAAACAGAAUCAGCAAAACUGCUAAUAAGUCAUCUUGUUGAAUUGUCAAGAGGAACUUCUCAGUUAGAACAACAGAUCCUUCAGGUGAAUCCACUGCUAGAAGCCUUUGGCAACGCUCAAACUCUAAUGAAUGACAACUCAAGCAGAUUUGGAAAGUAUAUCCAGCUAAAAUUUCAGCAAGGCAUGGUCAUUGGUGCUAAAAUUUCUGAAUACCUUUUGGAGAAGUCCCGUGUUGUUCGACAAAGCAGAGGAGAGGAGAAUUUUCACAUCUUCUAUUACUUAUUCGCCGGGCUUUCAGCUGAUGAACAUUGCAAAUAUGGACUGACCAGGCCAGACAAAUACCGUUAUCUGUGCGAUGGAACAGCAAGUCUGAAGAAAGUCACGAAGAACAAAAUGAUGUUUAAUGAGCUUCUCAAUGCUAUGGAUAUGGUUGGGUUCCUUGACGAGGAGCAAGAGGAUAUGUUCACAGUUCUUGGUGGUGUUCUGAAUAUGGGUAACAUCGCUUUUGAGAUGGAUGAAAAUGAAGGAGCCAUUGUUAAAGACGCACAUGGGCCUCUAAGGACAGCUGCGAAACUUCUAGGUGUUGACACGGAAAAAUUGUCAGAAGUGUUGACUUCCACAUCAACUACAACCCGGGGCAGUGUUAUUAAAAGAAGACUGAAAGACCAUCAAGCCAUGGAUGUUCGAGAUGCGACAUCGAAAGCGAUGUAUGGUCGUCUAUUUGGCUGGAUUGUUAACAAAGUAAACCAGCUUCUAGCUCCGCCAAUGAAAUCAAGAGGAGAGGACGUAACAGAAAUAGGUAUUCUUGACAUAUUUGGCUUUGAACAUUUCGAGAAAAACAGUUUUGAGCAGGCCUGCAUUAACUUAGCCAAUGAGCAACUCCAGUUCUUCUUCAACCAGCACAUUUUCUUGUGGGAACAGGAAGAGUACAAAAAGGAAGGAAUUGACUGGACGAGCGUCACAUUCGCGGACAACAAACCUGUCCUGGAUUUGUUUCUCAACAGACCAAUCGGUGUCCUGGCGCUGUUAGACGAGGAGAGUCAUUUUCCGCAGAGCACCGACCAAUCAUUUGUGGAGAAAUUAAGGCAAAACUGUGGGAAAAGUAGCGUUUUUAUCAAGUCAAGGCAGUCAAACACGAACCUGUUCGGGAUCUGUCACUAUGCUGGAAAGGUUGAAUAUGACGCUACAGGUUUUCUUGAGAAAAAUCGUGACACUCUCCCACCAGGUGUUGUGGAUAUGCUGCGAAGAAGUGAUAACAGUUUGAUUGCCACUAUCUUUUCUGGUACCAUCACUCGAACUGGUACAUUGGCUCUACAAGGACGAGUAAGCAAAGGAAAUGUGGUCAGAAGAACUAAGAUUUCGGACAGUUUUGACCUAAAAUACGUCAGAGAGCAGCUGGCUUACACGGGAGUGCUUGAAACAACGCGUAUCAGAAGGGAAGGAUUUGCUCUGAGGAUCUCUUUUGCUGACUUCAUCGACAGGUAUAAGCUUGUUUUAUAUACGACAAACCUCCCAACAACUGAGUCCAGCUGUCGACAAAUUUUGAAAAGGUCAAACCUGCAUGGCUGGCAGAUUGGACGAACGAAGGUGUUUCUGAAGUACUGGCACGCAGAAAAAUUGGCAGAACAGCUCCAAAAAGCUCAAGAGGCAGUGAUUACCAUACAGAAAGUUGUUCGCGGUUUUCUGGCUAGGCGCAAAUAUAAACGACUCCGAGAGGACGCUAUGAUGAACUCCAGAAAAACGGCAACAUUCCUACAGCUUUCCGGCACUUUCGGAAACAAACUAUAUCACAAACAAGAGGAGUUAAUGCAACAAGAUAACAAGGAAAAAGAAGAAAUCCUAAGGAAGAAAACAUUGAAUUACAUUGGCUUACAUUUCCCAUCUCCACCCCCUGAGGAGGACGAAGAUUACUUUCCGCCACCCCCACCGGAAGCUCUUGGACUGUCUCCGAGGAAAAGUCACGGGUCACUUGAUGAGAUAGAGAUAGAGGACGAGUUUCUCACGGACGACAUGGAAGAUGAAGAAGAUGUGUUUAUUGGUCAGCCCCACCCUAUCAAGAGUGCAUUUGGUAGUGUGGCCAACAAAGAAGCUGCCGUGCAGUGGUUUCAAGAGACACAGGUUCCCAAGGGAGUUGUACAGGACGAGAGUGGAGGGUUUAGUAAAUGGUUUCACGGAAUCAUUUCUAGGAGGGAAUCUGAGCGCUUGCUAUCGAACAAGCCAGUUGGCUGUUUCUUAAUCCGAGUCAGUGAAAGCCGGUUUGGUUACACUUUGUCAUACAGGGCACAGGGCCGCUGUAAGCAUUACAUGAUUGACCAGACUCGCUCUGGGAAGUUUCUUAUUGUUGGAAUGCGGCGAGUCUACAAAUCUCUGAAGGAAAUGGUCAGUGUACACAAAAAGGAACCCAUAAAUCCAGAGGGAGACGUUCUUAUUGAACCUUGUGGACAGGAGUCGCAAGAAGAAGUAGAUUAUGUGGAACUAAUCCAAGUGUUAGAGGAUAAGAGAUAUGUUGCUCUCCGUGACGUAGAAAGGAAUAAUAAUAAUGACGAUGAUGAUGAUGUGCCCCCACCUCUCCCACCCAAGUCUCCAAAAUCACCGAAACCUAAAGAAGAAACGUUACCACCGCCCAUUCCAGCACGGAAUUAUCAGGGAACAAGAUUCCGCUGAUGAUGACCUGGGACCGAAUUUUAUCUGACACUAAAUACGAGGCUCACUUAGUUCGCCUAACAAUGGGAAAUUUGUUACCGGUUUAAAGGCGGGAUGUCUAGUCACAUGAUAGACCAGAAAAGAUGCAUUAUAAAGAGUUUUUGACAGUUCAACUGUUACCUCGUAGAAGAAAAAUUUUUUAAGCUUGUACUUUCCUCCGGAAUUUCCCUGAUACAAUUUGAUGAAAUGGAUGAGUUUCCAUGGGACGAGGGAAAUUAUUUUGUCGUGAUAGUCGUUUAGGUUGAUACAUUUUGCAUUUGCCUUUCGCUGUUAAAAAGGCGUAUUUAUCUUAAUAUUUUAUUUAUUACUUUUUCUUUUUGAAACAAAAAUAGACUUAAAAAAGUUAAAAUAAAUUUGAUAAAAUCGUGAAGUUACACAUCUCCCUAGGUGUAAGGUGAACGUUAAAAACGUUCUUCAGGUUGUGGUACUUGGAGCUCGUCUUCGGAUGGGUGAGAAAAACCAACUUUUUGUUCAUUAGUUUGUUCUUUUUUUAGAGAUAUUUGCUAUUUAAUUAUUAAAUGUAGGUUUUACAUUAAAACAUUCAGACCAAGUCUGCAAACUGCUGUUCCGAAUAGUUUUCAAUGAAUAAUAUCGUGUGCGAGGAUAACCUCCGAUUUGAGAUAAGUGAGGAUUUCUUGUACCACUGUUCCGUAAAAAUGGGUGUUUUUGAUUCUUCUUAUCUGCUUCGGUCAUUUAGUGCCGGUUAUUUACACGAGGUCUAACCCAAACCGCGGUUUUACGCGAGCAGUGUGCCUUACUUUUUCUCUAGAAUAGUGUUGUUUUCAUUGAUCAAAUGUCAUUCAAGCGCUGACUUUCUGCCCUCUUGACACUGCUCACAAAAAACAAAUCUUCAGAUAAAAGAUUGAGCUCAAUUCAAGAUAAAGUCAGACUUGUAAAUCAUGUGAGGCCAGGUAUGCUGCGAUAAUUUAGUUUUCCGAGCUUUUGCCGAUCUACGGCACCAUCAGAAUAGUUUCGAUCACGGUUUAGUUUGACAAUGGCCAAACUUUGUGUAAAAAACCGGCCCUAAAAGUUUAUCCCUUUAACCCUGAGAAUCCUUAGCAUCUAAUUUCUCAUUUCAGUCAUUGUAUCACUCCUUAAUCAAACAAAGGUCGUGAGAAUAACUGUAUUGAUCACCAACUAAAGAAGCUCUGGAUUGCGAAACAAAUUCUCCUUGUCAGCACUUCGGAGACGUUUAGAGAACAGUAAAGCGAAUAUACACACUGGUGUCAGAGUGUACAGGGUUCAUAAUUGAUGACAACCACUCUUAUUUUAAAUAGAUGCUAUUUUAUUGUGUUGAAGAAUCAUUUCUAGGCACACUACAAUAAAUUUCUUUCUCGA